AUGGCUGGCUCCGGUCAUGACAAGACCCUGGAGCGGACCUCCUCCCAGAUGUCUACAGCUUCACGAGGGUCCGGCACUGUCAGAGUACGCUCACGAAAUCAAUCUCUAGUCACACCAACAUCAGCCAAAACACUUGAGUCAUUCCCUUCGCUGUCCCCAGAAAUCUCGCCCAGCGCUUUGAAGCAAGACAAGCAGCUUGUUGCCAGCCCGAAGCUCAAGUCCCCAGAUAAAAUCCCUCGCAGGCCGUCCAAGACGAACCCAUCUAUCGUUGAGUCUCUCGUCACAAGCACUCCAUCUUUUCGAGGCCGCUCCGCGCUUUUCGAAGACUCACCAAAAAACCCUCCCAAUGAGUUCCCUGGCGCUCUUCACCACGCCAGCGAUGAUCACGUACGCAAUCUUAUCAAAAAGAACGGUGCGGUCGCGUUGGUUAGACAGCUCGCAGAGGACUUGGCGGCGCGGGAUGCUGAAAUGACAACACUCAGACGGCGGGCAGAAGAGCGGGAAAGGGAACUCAAGAAGAUGCUGAGGGAGGUGGAGGUGUCCAAUCUGGAUAUUGAAACCAGGCUUCAUCGUCUCGACAAAUGGGCUGAAAAUGAAAUAAAACUACAAGAUCCACCUUCGAGAGCAGAUGGGAAGAAGUCAGGGCGAAUGAGCGGAAAGGAUAGGAUGCCUGGUGUCGCGAAUGGCAUCGAUGAAAUGAUGGGAGAGGCCAUGCAAGAUCAUCUGGGCCCCAAUACUGAGUUGGACGAGGGAUAUUUAGACUCGCUGGACGAGGUUGAUAGGCAAGCUACGCUGAAAGCCCGAAGCGUGUUUUCAAAAGAGUCGGAUGGGCGAUCCACAGUAUCGAGUAUGGACUCAGGUCGGCCAAACAGUACUCUACGAGGGUGGAAGGACUAUCUCUGGAGCGCAAAUGCUACAAGCCGCAAGACGAGUCGAGCGAGCAGCAUCAUAAGCGACUCCAACGGGGACGGGGAAGACACUACGCGAGCUCGGGGCCUCAGCGGAAGCAACGCUCGCAGGAAAGGUCUGGAUGAUGAUCUUUUCCAGCCGCUUGCUCGUGCUUCAACAACCCAAAGUUCUGACACCAAACAAUCACGUAAGUCGUCAACAUCCGUUGCGUCCUGGACCAUGAAACUUUUCGCUGGGAAUACUCAGGCAGGCCAAGGCACAAUAAGAGGAAGAUCGGCUACUACUGGUGAUGGGCAACCCAAGAAUGCAAGAACGGCAUCGACCACCUCAGGUCCAGCACCUACGUCAGCCAAAGCAGCGUUGAUGAAGGUUAACAGCAUGGAACCCUCUGCUCAGUCCUCUCGAAAUACAGUGCGACCCCUUACACUUGCGCAAGGCGGUACCAUAAAAGUCUCUUCGCAGCCCUCGAUCUCUCAGACGCCUGUGAGUCUCAACGUUGUCGAUGCUGCCACAAAUCUUGGUCCUGUCGAAAUGGACACUAUCCACCCGCCCGACUCAAAGCCUCCCACGCUAACACAAUUCAACAACUACAAAGACACCGCGGACCUUCUUACCGACAGGUUCGGGUUCAUCUACGACCAGCGUCGUAGGAAGAGAGAGGCGGAGUCUACCCGUACUCACGCUAGAGGGAAAUCGAAUGCUAGCGCGAACGUGGAGCUACUCAGCGGCACAUUGGAAUCUCUGAAGAAUAAAGACCCCGAUCAAAUGUCUCAAAGGUCAAAGGCGAACUCUGUGCAGCGACCAGACACUCCAGCGUCCGUAGAUGAUAAGACGGAUGAGAAGCCAACCAAGCGUUGGCAGGAUUAUCUCAAAGUUGCGACGUUCCCAACCGAGCUGCUUUCUCAUACUCCAUCCGCAAAGCCCGCCACAAAGGUCAUAAGCGCCGACAGCCCUGGUACUCUGAAACGGUCGCCAACUGUUGGCGAUGCGCGAGGCUCGUUACCGUCCACGAGCUUCAACCCGGAACCAGAGAUGUCACCUGUCACGGCAGGAAACGCCGAAAUGUCCAAGAUACUCCUCGAAUCUUCGAAUGCCCUAGCCACGUCUACCUCCUCCGAAGGUGAACCUGUCAAGCUCCUACUGGCGCAACUCACAGAGCUCCAUGACAGUCUGCAGCGCGAGAGGACUGUGAAAUGGAAUGGAUUCUUACGGAAGGUCAGGGCUGAGCGAAAAAAGGAAGGAGAGUCAGCAACAGUCUCCGAUUCUCGUUUCAAACAAGCCAUUAUGCCAGAAAUGCUCCUUACAGAUGGUGAAUUGAUCGGAGUCGCAGGCCUAGGAAACAAGGGCAAAGUCGGACGUGCCAAAUGGAAGGAAUUCAGACAGCUCGUUCUGGCCGGUAUCCCAGUCGCGUACCGCUCAAAGAUUUGGGCCGAAUGCAGCGGUGCCACAGCUCUCCGUGUCCCUGGCCACUAUGACGAUCUCGUCGCAAGCGAGACUGACGACCCUGUCAUUGUCUCCCAGAUCCAAAUGGACAUCCACCGCACCCUAACCGAUAACGUAUUCUUCCGCAAAGGUCCCGGUGUCACCAAGCUCAACGAAGUCCUCCUUGCCUACUCCCGGCGCAACCCGCAGGUCGGCUACUGCCAAGGUAUGAAUCUGAUUACCGCCUCCCUGCUGCUUGUCAUGCCGACCGCCGAAGACGCUUUUUGGUUGCUCACAACGAUCAUUGAGAAUGUUCUUCCCCAACACUACUACGAUCAUUCACUCCUAGCCUCCCGCGCAGACCAGCAAGUCCUGCGCCAAUACGUUGCUGAAGUCCUACCCAAGCUCUCUGCACAUUUGGAUGAAUUAGGAAUCGAACUGGAAGCGCUAACCUUCCAAUGGUUCCUCUCAGUCUUCACUGACUGUCUCUCCGCCGAAGCGCUUUUCCGUGUCUGGGAUGUCAUCUUUUGCUUCAAUGACGGCAGCACCUUUCUCUUCCAAAUUGCUCUAGCCUUGCUCAAGUUGAAUGAACCCCAGCUACUAGAAUGCGACAGCGCCGCCAGAGUCUACGGCUACAUUGGUAACGAGAUGACAGAUCAUGCGAUCAGUAUUGAUGGGCUUAUUGGAGCUAGUGAGGCGUUGAAGAAGGUAGUCCAGAGGAGUGAAGUAGAGGAGAGGCGAUAUAAGGCUGUGGAAGAGGAGAGGGAUAGGGAGAAGGGGAGGACGAGGGGAAGCAGUGGUGCUAGUGAGGCGGUCAGCAGUGGGACCAGUGGAGGACAGCUGAGUUUCCAGGAGCCGAGGCCUUUUUUCGAAGGGGAGGAAACGAUCAAAUGA